CCCAAAGAGUAAUUCGCAUCUCGUCGGCCGACGGGAUCUUAUCAAGUCAAAAGAAGCUCAACUUCGGACGUGAAUCAUAUACAUAGCUCAACUUUAAGAAUCAAAGUCAAAUAAUAACCUAGGUUACCUUAAGUAUUUAAAUCUCGAUUGAACACGGACGUCUUCUAUCAGCCUCUUUCAAGCUGCAAUUAAUCCACACAAUUCAUACGGAUAACGUCUGGUUCUUCAUAUUAAAAUCCAGAUAUUCCACAAUGCUAAAACGUAUGAACUUACCCCGGAAAACCAGGACAGCCACGAGUACUCCUACUCCUGUACCUCUCAUCGUCACCAUCUCCCGCUGUCCGCCGCUACCCCUGGAAAUAUGGACCGAGGUCAUGCGUAUACUCGUCCACGGCGAGGAUCUGCCAGAACUUUGGGCGGGCUUACGUCUACUCUCCCAUACGCUGAAGGCGGCGCUCGAGACUGCCUUUGUGGAUGAGCACCUGUCACGGCUGCGCGGCUGGUUGUACGUGGGUGAUCCAAACCCACUGGUUCCGCGACGUUCGUGGGGCGGGAGUGGCAAUAAUAUAAAACGCAUCAUAUCUCUACCUCUGGUACUAGCACGGUUAUCAUCUGACCGGCAGCGCGCGUACUUUGUAUCGCUGCUACACCGGGACGACCCAACUUUAGAAAUGAGCCCGCUAUUCGCCGAAUGCGGCGAUGAUACGGUGGUAGCAGAAUGGCUGCGGUCGGCUCACGGGAUCCCGCCGCCAGGCGGCCGCGCCACCGAAGCACGGCUGCGAUUGACCAUCGGCCCUGACUGCGAGUGGACGCAUUGGAAACACCACGUUAUCGACAGCGAUAGAUUCGUAGUCGAAUCGCAGAAGAUUAUCUUGGAAGAUACUUACGAACGUGAGAGUAAAGACGGAGGUGGGAACGAGAGAAGAGGGAGAGGAAAGAAGAAAGGGAAACCGGCGCAUGCGAUUGGGCUCGAAGUUGAUCGUACUAAAUGCGAAAUCUCAUUUGAGUGGACUACCCUGAUUAGCUCCUUGUUCGCUAGGCCGCGUAGAACGUUCGGUGAAGCGCUCCGGAGCUAACCAUCCAUCUCCUGAAAUCCUGAAAUUCGACUUUAAUACAUGGAGAUGGCCUACCGACUUGAAGGUUUGAAAGGUAACCAACGGAACAAGGGCAGAGUACGAGACUUACAGCUGAAAUGUAUAUCAGUAGUACUGUUGUUGUAGACAAUGACAUAAACGCUGACCUUAAGCCACCUCAACAUCUAUCGAUAGACGAAUAUCGUGAAAAAUACAAAUACAAAUACAUACAUACGAAGUGGUAAGUUCAUCCCAUCCCAUCAGUUAAAUUCCAAAAAGCCACCAUGACACGAUGUGCCUACAUAAGUCAUACGUUUUGUUACUAUGCAGGCUACUAACCCAUCCACUGCAUAUAGUUUGUAGAAACUACAAUAGGUUCUUACUAGGUCAUAAGAUAUCAACAGUUCUUUCAGCGGCGUACCAAAAAAUCUAGAAAAUUGAGGAUCCAGUCCGUUUCCCCAUAAGUAAUACAAGUUGACCACAAUUAUAGCCAUAGAUUUCGUCCCUAGUGUUGUAUAUAUUCUUACGAUCAACAAAGGAGUCGUAGGGAAGACUAUACUUGUUGAUGGAUGCACCUCAAACCAACGUGAAGUAAGUG